AUGGACGACGCAUAUUCAAAUAGACCUACAUCUGCAAAAGAUAAGAAAACUACCAUAGAAUCGAUGAGGAAUGAGAAUAUGAAUUACAUAGAGUAUAGAUAUAUUAAUAUAAAAGUUCAUCUGAUGUAGUAGUUGAAUAUUACAAAAAUUAGUAACUUAUACAAUUGAUUUUAGAACUGCUUCUGGUUUGGAUCGUUAUUUUUUAGAAAUAGAAGAUUGGUUAGAUGAAGAGAAAUCAUUACAUUAGAAUACUCCAUUAGUAUUAGAAGCAGAUGAUGGAAUAGGAAAGAAAACAUUACUUGUUAAAUGGAUGGAAUAUCAUGCUAAAAAUAAAAAAGGAGUAUAUAUCAUUAAUAUAAUUAUAGCGUUAUCAAGAUUAUAUUAUUCCACAUUUUGCUACUUAAUCAGGAAAAAAUAGUAAUUACUUUUUUGCAAUUUACAGAAUUUUAAUUAAAUUAAGAGAAACUUUAAAUAUUAAAUAGAAAGUAGAAUUAGUAGAAGAAAAGCUUCGUAGAUACUUUCAUUAUUGGUUAGAAAUUUGUAGUAGAGAAUUAGAAUAAUAAUUUUUAAAUGGAGCUAAAGUUAUUUAUGAUAAAGUAUAUUAUAUAUUAAUAAUAAUAGGUAAUAUUAAUAUUUGAAGGAAUUGAUAAUUUUAGAGAUAUGUUAGAUGUUCAUAGAGAAGCUAAUGUAUCUUUUUGGUUACCUAAAUAUUUUCCUAAAAAUAUUAAAGUUAUUGUAACUGCUGAAAAAAAUUCUAAUUCUAUGAGAAUUCUUAAACCUUCAUGUCAUGUCAUUCCAAUUACUUGUGAUCCCAAAGUUAUUAAAAUUAUGGUUAAUGGUCAUUUUGGAAAACAAUCUUUUCUUGUAUAUUUUUAUUAUUAUUAUUUCCUUAGUCUGAUUAGAGAGUUUAAACAAUUCAAGAAUUAUUCAUUUAAUUAAAUUAUAAAGUACGUAAUUAACCACUUUUUGUAAGAAGUUUUAUGACUGUAUUUUUACCUUAUCCAACAGAUGGUUUAGUUGAACUUAAAGAUAUUGAUGUUUCUGUUGUAGAGAAUAUUUUAAAAGAAUUAAAUUUAGAUUCAAUUUAAAAUUUUAGAUCUGUUGAAGAAUUAUUUACAUUCUAAUUAAAAUUCUUUAGUGAAAGCUUCAUAUUUACUCCAAAAACUCCAGAAUUAAAAUAAGAUCCUAAAUUUAUUUAACUUAUUACUGUUCUUGCUAUCACUUAAAAAGGAUUAACAUAUAAAGAAAUCUAAUCAGUUUGUGAAUUUGAGGAAAAAUAAUGGAAAUUAUUCUUACUUUUCUUUAAAAUCUUUCUUAUGAAACAUCGUGAAUUAUGGAUUAUACAUAAUGAAAUCUUUAAAAAAUGUGUAAUUAAUUGUUAUCAUAAUGAUAAAACUUUAUAAUUACAUGAUAAAAUAGCUGAAACUAUUGCUAAAUAUACUAAUAAUUCAAUAAGAAAAUUAGAAGAAGAGACAUUUCAUUUAUUUUCUGCUAAAAAUUAUUUCAAAUUGAAAGAAGUUAUAAGUAUAAUUGAAAACUUUUUAUUAUUAUUUAAUCCUAAUAAUAAAUAUGAUCUUUGUAGAUAUUGGUAAAAAUUAGAGGAAAAUGGAUUUGAUCCAGUAUUAGAAUAUAAUAAAGCAGUAGAAGGUUUUUAAAUACAUUAUCAUCCAAGUGCAGAAGAUCUUUUUAGAAUUAUUAUAUAAGUAUCAAGAUUUCUUAAAGAAUUUGGAGAUUUUGAAACUAAAAAUACUCCUGUAUUUAGACAUCCACCUAUUAUUGGAGUAUUAUAAGAUUUAUAUGAUAUUGGAUUAUUAUAAGAAAUUUUAAAACUAGAUUUAUAUUUUAAUAAAGAUCCAGAAUUUAAAUAAUUUGAUCCUGCAAAACAUUUGAAAAGAGUAGCAAAAGCUAUUAAAACACCUGCACUUACUAAAAUGGAAUCUUAAAAUGUAGAAAUAUAAUAAAAUAGAUAAGAAGUUAGAAAUUAUUAUUUAUAAUAAAUGAUAAAACCUAGUGAAAGAGAACCUGAUGAAUUAGAAAUUAUAUAAACUUUAGAUAUUGAAGAAUUUAAAUAUUAAAUGUAAAAGAUACUUUAAAAAUUGUUAACAGAUAAAAGAGAAUAAUUAUCUGGUGAAGAAGAAAUAACUGGAGAUAGAGUUUCAUCAGAUUAUUAUUAUAAAAGAUGGAUAUGGAUAUAAUUUCCAUGGGCAUGUUUAAGUAUAAGUAAAAAAUGUGAUUAUUCUAAAACUAUUAAACAUUGUUUCUCUUCUGCAACUGAUUAUAUGAGUGUUGAAGAAGAACAUGCUUAUACUAAUUGUAAAAAUAUAUUAUUAUUAUUAUUAUUUAGCUGCAUUGAAGAUUGCUAUUGAAGCUAAAUUAAAAAAAAAGUUAAUGUAUGAAACUGAACCAGAAGAAUAAUAAUAAUCAAUUAUUUUAAUUCCUUAAGCUAGUAUUUUAAAUCAACCUUAACCAGUUAAACUUGAUUAUAAUUUUGAUAAUACACAAGCUAGUAGAUUUGAUAGAAGCAAAAAUAUUUUACCAAGAAUAGAUAGUAGUAUUCAUGCUUCAACUAUUAAUAAGUCAUAAGAUAAAUAUGAAAGAACAAUGUUUAUUACAUAAGAUUUUACUGAUUUAGAUAAUCUCAAUUAAGAAUCUAAAUAAAUUAAAAUUACUAUUGAAAACAGAUCUAAUGAUGGAUAAAAUACAGUUAAAUUAUUGGAUAAAUUUAAAACAUAAAAAGGAAGAUUAAAAUCAUUUUAAUCUUCCUCACUCUCUUUAAAUGCAUAUUAAUAAACUGAAAUAUUCCCUAUUCUUAAAACUGACAUCUAAAAACAUUCUCAAAAAUAAUUACAUCUCUUAGAAUAAUAAGCUAAAUAAAUGAGAAAAAAAUUAGAUACUUUAACUUAUGAAAAUUUGAAAUAUGCUAAAUUACUUAAAUAAUAAAAAAUUAUUGAUUUUAAUAAAGGUUAUAUUAAAAAAGAAUUAUCUAAUUUAGAAGAGUUAAAAGAAACUAAAACUGAACUUGAAAAACAAUUGUAAGAAGCUGAAUAAUCUUAUAAAACAAGUAGUUUUUAAAAAAUUAGAGUUAUUACUAUUUUGAAAAUAUGUAAAGAUAAUAAAUAAUAAAAUGAAGAAUAUAUUAGAGUAAUUUAUUUAUCAAUAUAUUUUUAGCAUUUACAAUAAUUGAUUAAUAAUUUUAAGAAAUUAAUCAGAUUUGAAGAAGUUGAAAUAUCAAAAAAUAAAUAAUAAAUCAAAACUUUAUAUAGAACUAUAGAUGACUUUUUAUUAACCUAUAAUCAAAAGAAAAAGCAUCAAGGAAAUUUAAUUAAUUAAAUUAGGAAUUCAUUACUUGAAAAAAAGAAUUUAGAUCAUCUUUUCUAAGCAGGUAUUCAUUAUUCUUUAAUUAAUUAGCUGAUGUUUAUAUUUAGGAUUCAGCUUUAGAAUCUGUUUAAAACUUAAGAAGAAAUUAAGCCAAACAGAAUGAUGCAUAAUAAAAUAAAAAAUUAAAACAAUAGUAAGAAAAAAAUACAAAAAAUAUACAUGAAAAAUUAGAGUAGUUUGAGAAGUAGUAUGCUUAAAUUAAAGGAAUAUUUGAUAUAAAAGAAUAAAAUUAUAGUCAUUCAAAUAAUUUUAUCGAUUUUAUGGCAAAUAUUGAAAAAAAAAGUGAAUUAGAAAUAUAGUUAUCUGAAUAAUAAUAAAAUUUAGAAGCAUCAAAAUAGAAAAAAAUCAAAUUAGAAGAAGAGUUAUUAACAUUUUAAAAUGCUUAUUAGAUGAACAAAUCUUAGAGUUUAUCAAAUAUUGAAGCUACUGAUACAUGUAAUCUAUUUUAUUAUUUUUAGAAAAUGUUGAAUAAUAAGAAAAUAACAUUUAAGUCUAAGCUGAUUAUUUACGAAAAAUAAGAGAUUUUAAAGUUAAAUUUCAUUCUUCUUAUGAUUCCUUAUAUACUAAAUUUGCUAGCAAAGAUGAUUAAUAAGUAUAAUUUACUAUUAUUAAGCUACUAAAUUCCAUCAAAUUAAGAAAAUAAAAAAUAAUUGAAAGUGAAGGACAAGAUGCUUAUUCUAAAUUAUUGAAUAACUCUUAUGACAUGGAUAAAAUAUAUAAGAAAAUUGUUCCAUAUGAAAAUGUGUUAAACUUAAGUUAGAGUUCUGAAUCAGAUCAUGAAAUGUGA